AUUCAAUGCGAUGCCGAUGUUCCACAAUGCAAUUGGUGCAAGCAUCAUGAUUUAGCCUGCACUUACACUCGGCUAGUGGCCAAAGCCAAGAGGAAGAAGAACCCGGGCAACAAAGUACCCCAAUCGGAAUCUAUAGCCAGAAUGGAGACAAUUUUGACUCAGCGGCUAUCACAGCAUGAAGUUGACACACAGCUACAAUACUUUACUUCGUCGCAAUUCGACCUCUGCAAUGCUACUUCUUUCACUGGUAUCCCGCUUUUCUCUGACCAGGGACAAGCAUGGAUUGAAUCCCGUACCGGGAGCUGCAUGACACCUCAAAUUCUCUGCGCCUUUGGCCGUCAAUGGCACAACCCCCGCUGCCUAUACCUGGAUACAACUGCGAGCACACAGCUUUGUGAACUCCCUCCCAGGCCAAUUGUGGAGAGAUACGCUGCCAUGUACUGUUCAUCGUUGCAAUACCUCGUCUUCCCUAUAUUGAGUAAAUACCUGUUUGUUAAGACCCUCGACUUAGCGUAUCAGAAACUUGAUUCUCCGUCUGCAGCUAGAGCUCGGUCUUGCGUCUACUCGUUUCUCGCCAUGACCUCUAUUUUACGAGUUGAGGAAGAGUCCAGCACAACAAUGGCUUCUGAAACGUACGCAACAGCUGCUGCAUCAUUCAUACCUCAGGUAACUCAAGAGAUGACGGGAGAUGGACUUCAGAUGCUCGUCACGUUAGCCCUAGUAUACUAUUUCAUGGGCGACCUCCGCUCCACAGGCCUCUUCAUUUCCAUCGCUUCACGCCUCAUCUUUGCUCUCAAUACUCAGUUGUAUCUCCAAGAGAAAAUCUAUAAUAAAAACGACAUAGCUUGUCAUCUACGGGACCUCUUUUGGACUUGCUAUUCUCUCGACAAAGACCUCUGUAUCCGCACUGGCCAGCCUCCUUGUCUCUCAGACCUCCACUGCGAUCUUACACUGCCUCCUGAUUACUCGAUGAUGCAAAAUAGGCACAUUCAAUCUAAUAAUAUCCCUAACCUUAGCAGUCAGACUGUACCUAUGUAUCCCUGGGAUCUACUCCUUUCUCAACUCAAGUCCCGCGCUUAUGACGCUCUUUAUUCGCCUAUGGCACACCGCAAAACACAAUCUGAGCUCUUGGAGAGUAUCCGCGUAUUGGAUGAAUCACUAGAACAAUGGCGCUUGUCUCUCCCACUGGACUUUCGUCCAACACUCACGUUUGGGAAAGCCACCCCUGUCAGCUCCAAUGUCAGCAUGCAAUCCAGUAUGGUUCGGCUAGCUUAUUAUCAUUUCGUGGCUAUUAUCCACCGGGCGAGUGGGAGGUACAAAGCGCAGUCACCAAACAAUUAUCACAAAGGCGUUCGCUCUAGUUUCAACCUCUCGCUUGAUGCCAGCAGAUCAACAUUGACAUACUUGCGUGUAGCUCUACAUGUUAUAACAGACGACUGCUUUUGGAUUAUUAUCUACUACCCUAUUACUGCCAUUCUCGCCCUCUUCUCCAAUAUUAUUUCAAAUCCUCUGGACGAAAACACUCUCGAAGACCUCGAAAUCUUACAGGAUGCGCCUUCUUUGUUCAGAAGUAUUCCAAUACGAAAGCUUAGGCUUGCUGAACUAACGCAUUUGAGAUUCCUUGAUGCCUUUACAAUGGAGCUUGCCAGAUUGAGCAGACUUGCUAUAGAAACGGCCACGGGAACAGCUCUCAUACAACUAGUUUAA